AUGCCUUCCACAAACAACAAGGAGAAGCCGUGGGACACGGACGAUAUUGACAAAUGGAAGAUCGAAACCUUUAAAGCCGAAGACAACGCCGCUGGUAGCUUCGCUGAGGAAUCCUCGUUCGCUACGUUAUUCCCCAAAUAUCGCGAAGUUUACUUGAAGGAAGCAUGGCCUGUUGUAACAAGAGCGUUGGAGAAGAAUGGAAUUGCCUGUACUCUCGAUUUGGUGGAGGGUAGCAUGACCGUGAAGACGACCCGAAAGACCUUCGAUCCAGCAGCGAUUCUUAAGGCCCGGGAUUUAAUCAAACUUUUAUCGCGAAGUGUCCCCGUUCAACAGGCUCUGAAAAUCCUCGAAGACGGUGUCGCAUGCGACGUCAUGAAAAUUAGAAACCAAGUCCGCAACAAAGAACGCUUCGUCAAGCGCCGCCAACGUAUCCUCGGGCCCCAGGGCUCAACGCUCAAGGCCCUCGAACUGUUAACAGACACCUACAUCCUCGUUCAAGGAAACACCGUGGCUGCGAUGGGCCCCUUCAAAGGUCUAAAAGAGGUGCGAAGAAUCGUUGACGACUGCAUGGCGAACAUUCAUCCAAUCUACCACAUCAAAGAACUCAUGAUCAAACGAGAACUCGCCAAGGACCCCACCCUAGCUGGCGAAUCGUGGGAUCGAUUCCUCCCCAACUUCAAGAAGCGCACACUUUCCAAGCGUCGCAUGCCAUUCAAGGUCACCGACAAGACGAAGAAGGUAUACACGCCUUUCCCCCCGGCACCAGAAAAGAGCAAGGUGGAUAUGCAGAUCGAGUCUGGAGAGUACUUCUUGUCCAAGGAGGCCAAGGACCGCGCACAGAAGGAAGAAGUCAUGGAGAAGCAACGGAUAAAGCGCGAGGAGAAGAUGAAGGAGCGGGAGAAGGCUUUCGUGGCGCCCGAAGAGUUGGAAGAGGCCGAGCGAGCGAAGAAGGAAAAGAAAGAGAAGAAGAAGAAGCGGAAGAGAGACGCGGAAGCAGAGCCAGAAGUCGAUGGGUCCGAAAAGAAGGAAAAGAAGAAGAAGAAGAAGAGCAAGUCGAAGAAGGACGAGUCGGACGAAGAAUGA